AUGGAGCGGGUGGGAUUUAACUGGGCCUACGGAAAACCCCGAAGAUUCACGAAGUCAGCCGAGAACCUCCUACCAGGCAUCCCCACUCCUGACACAAAAGACACUACGCAUGUCCAGGUCUUCUACAGCCGCAGAGAUGUUAAGAUGAGGCGCCUGUCUAGAAAGAAGGCCCUGAGUCUGGUGAAGGAGCUGGAUGCCUUCCCCAAAGUCUCUGAGAGUUAUGUGGAGACAACAGCCACCGGAGGAACUGUGUCCCUUUUUGCGUUUAUUGCCAUGGCCCUUUUAGCUAUUUUAGAGUUUUUUGUUUAUCGAAACACAUGGAUGAAAUAUGACUAUGAAGUCGACAAGGACUUUUCCAGCAAAUUACGAAUAAACAUUGAUAUUACUGUUGCCAUGAAAUGUCAGCAUGUUGGCGCAGACAUUUUAGACCUGGCUGAAACCAUGAUUACCUCCACUGAAUUGCAAUAUGAACCUGUGGUUUUUGACCUCAGCCCACAGCAAAGACUGUGGCAAAGUGCUUUGCUCCUUGUUCAGAGCCGACUCCGAGAAGAACAUGCUUUACAAAAUCUUGUUUACAAAUCUCUGAUCAAAGGAGACACCACUGCGCUACCUCCAAGGGAGGAUGGUGCAACAGAACCCCGGGAUUCCUGCAGGAUACAUGGAUAUGUGUAUGUGAACAAAGUUGCUGGAAACUUUCACAUUACUGUAGGAAAACCCAUUCAUCAUCCACAAGGACACGCACACAUAGCUGCAUUUGUGAGCCACGAGAUGUACAACUUUUCUCAUCGAAUCGACCAUUUAUCCUUUGGUGAGAUGAUGCCAGGCGUUCUCAAUCCUCUGGAUGGCACUGAAAAAAUUACCCCCAGCAAUAACCAGAUGUUCCAAUACUUCAUCACUGUGGUUCCUACCAAACUUCACACUCGCAAGAUAUCGACUGACACACACCAGUUUUCUGUGACUGAAAGAGAGCGAGUGAUAAACCAUGCAGCUGGAAGUCACGGCGUUUCCGGCAUCUUUGUCAAGUACGACACCAGCUCUUUGAUGGUGACCGUCAGAGAGCAGCACAUGCCACUGGGGCAGUUCCUUGUGCGACUUUGUGGUAUUGUUGGGGGCAUCUUCUCUACAACAGGGAUGCUCCAUGGACUAGUGGGCUUCUUUCUUAACAUUAUCUGCUGUCGUUUUAGGCUGGGAAUCUAUAGGGACAGCCAGCCACCUGAUAUAAACAAUGUGAAUCACCAUCAGACUCCACUGUUGGCUGACCCAGUUAUUAAAGAAUAG